UAUACUAACCGUUUAGUGUUUUGUACUUUUUACGCACAGUUACGUGAUCACGUGAGAAUAAUGAAAAAGUUCACGUGAACUGGAAAAAUUUUCACGUGAAAUUACGUGAUCGACUUCCAGAUUUCGAGCCCCAGGUUGCGAUCAGCUGUGGCCGUGUUUCAAAUGUUCCAAUAUUACUGUCAGCACUGAAAAUCUAUAAGGUACGUAACGUAAACUAUAGAUUUUGAGUACUGGUAGUAAUUGCAUCGGAACACGGUAUGUGUAAUGUGUGUAACUAUCUUCUGCAUAAUUCGAUACAGAUUGAUGGCAGAGAAAUGAUCAUUUCGGCACAUUAAUCGUCUCGAUAUGAGAAAUCAUAUAAAAUGGAGGAUGACAUUGAUAUUUAUGCAGAUUUACCGAGUUUCAAUUUAAAUCUUGAUAAAAAUGAUCAACUUUGUAAUUGCGAAAAAUUAAAGAAAGAACUUGGUUCAAUCAAGAGUAAAUUUGAAAAUAUUCAGAAGAUCAAGGAAAAAUUGGAGAAAAAUCUAUUCUCUUUAUUGAAAACUGCAAAAGCUGAAAUUGCACGGAAGGACAAGAUGAUAAGCGAUCUUAGAAAGCGAUUGGACGAUGCAACUUUUAGAAGAAAUAACAAAGGUGAAUCUCGGGAUUUUUCUGCUCAUAGAUCAUUGUAUCAACAGCAUACAAUGGUCGAAAAAUAUGACAAUGCUCCUUUAAUGCAUUUGCAAGAGGAUGAGACUAUAUUGCAUAAAACUGAAUUUCAUCGCAACGAACAUAAAAAUAAAAAGCCACAAUAUGAUGUUCAACUGCCCACAGUAUUUGCAGAGAGAUUACAUAAAAGAAUUACAAAAGAUGAGAAAGAAGACGCAAAGUCACAAAGAAACUCAUUGAAGCUUGAUGUAGAAGCUAAUUUAAAAGGGAUUUCCGAAGAAAAUAUUGUGGAAAGUGAUAAGGAGAAUGGAUCUCAAUCUAAUAUAAAUAAUAACGACAAUGAAUCUAAUACUGUCAUACGACACUCUCUCUCUGAUUCAGAAAAUCCAUGCAGAAAGAAUUCGGGAAAGAGGAUGAAUGAAGAAGACGGUACGUGUGGGAAUAAGCGUUUAAAGAUCGACGAUGACGAAAGCAAGAUCGUGACCGAUGAAAUUGAUUACGAUUGUACUGUGCGGUAUGAAUUGAAAGACAACCUUGCGCAAUAUGAGAUGAAAGAUAAUUUUGCAAAGUUCGAGGAUCGACUAAAUGCCGUCCAUCCUCUUAAAGAGGGAAAAAUUUUACUCGACGAACGUAGAGCCGUUUCAGAGCAUCAAGAUAUGGCGAAACAGAGUCGAGAUUAUAUAAAUGGUUGGAAAAGGGAAGAGAAGAGUAAUUCUCGUAUUGCUUCGAAUCGCGUCCUGGAUGAGCCUAGUGGUUACAAGAAGAGUGGCUACAUAUAUAAUUUGUCGAGAAGUUAUUCUAGAAACAGGAGUGAUUAUGAUAGUUCGAGCGGCCACCGUUUACGAGAAAGAUCAAAUAGGACAUAUAGAAAUAAUAGGAAAUAUGAUGAUUAUAAAUACGAUAAUCAAUAUAGAACAAAAAGAGACUAUAGAUUAAAGAGGAACUACGAAAGCAUGGAAAAUGAAAGUAAAACAAUACAUAGGAAUAGAGAACAUGGUGAUGUGGCGUGGGAUAAAUCCAAACACUCGUCGAGCGAUGUUGAAGACAAGGAAAGAAAUAGUUCGUACAAGAAUAAGAGGUACGAGAAUCGCAGAAUAAAAGAGACAGCAGCAAAUAUUUUGCACAACAAAGGUUUGCAUGAAAGUGAUAAAGCUGCGGCGGAUAUAAAUUUCCGGGCGUCUUCUGGUUGCACUUUAAAUAAUACAGUGAAUCACAGAGUGAAAAAAAUCACGGAACAGGAUAAGACAAAGAAUGAAUCAAAUAUUAAAUUUAUAAAUUCGACAGAAGUAAGUAGUACAUCGACAUGUGUCGAGAUGAAGGACUCGAAUAAUCUGGAGGAAGGCGAAAUUGUAGAUAGUCCUGAGAAGAAAAUUGAUUCUGCGAAAAUCUCCAAAGAUCAUAAAAUGAUUGAAAAUGAUGUAAAAAUUGUUCUAAUUGAGAAUAAACACAAAGACGUCCCUGUGAUUGCAUCCAUAAUAGAUGAUAAGUCGAUCCCUUUUCACAAUGGUGUAAUUACCGCAAAACAGUUAGAUAACGUGAUGGAUAUUAGUUCCAAAGGAGUUGAAACAUUGCACCUUGUACAAACAACUUUGAAAGACUCUAGAGAAGUAGCGGAAUUAAAUUUCUCUGGUGAAAAUGAUGCGGUAAUUGACGAGGUGCGAAAUCGUAACAACGACAAACGUAUAUAUAAGUCUCAAUGUAAUGAAGAUUUAAUGGUUUCAACUACUUGUAUUGAAAUGAUUGAACAAGUGUGCGAAUCUCAAUAUAAUGAGGAUUUAACGGAUUUGACUACUUAUACGAUUAACCAGAUGUGUGAUAGUAAUGUUGAUAAUGAUGGUAAAAGUCGCGCGGAAGAAGAAUCGAAAAUCUUUGUUACCGAAACAGCUAUUAAAAUCGAAAAAAUGAUUGAUUCUAACACCAAAAGUGCACCCGAAGUCAGAAUAGACGUUCCUAAGAUUGAAAAUGUAAUUAACAAAGACAAAGUAAGUAAUUGUAAUAUCGAAAGUUCUAUUACAAUUGCAAAAACGAAUAAUAGCGACAAUGGUACUUGCAAAAUUGAUGAUAAAUUAAAAAGUUCCGCCACUGAGAUUGCCGAAAAAGUUGAGACUAUGCUUAAUUAUGAUAUCGAGAAUAGAGACGUAAGUCAAAUAUCAAUCGGAAACGAAACAUCUCGAUGGACAUCAAGCAAAAGCAAUAUCGAGAUGUCGAGCCAUUUGUGUCUCAAUGAUCAUAAUUACGUUCAGAAUCCUCCUCUUGUAAACGCCUCCGGUCUCAAUACUAUUCGAGAGUCAUCCGUGAGUUCACAAUAUUGCGAAACUAUGCUAGAAGCAGCAACGUUAAAAGAAACGAAAGCGAAAGAAAAGAUGGACAUUUCAUUGACGGUCGAUGUCAAGAAGACGAUGUCAUCUAUAGUGAAGAACAAAAAGAACCAACAGAGUAAAGGGGUAGUGAUUUUGCGUCGACGAAGAGCCGUAAUGUUGAGCGAUAGUAACGCAUCUAUGACUGUUCUGAUAAAUGCAAAAACAUCUUCUAACAUCAAUAGCAAUAAUGUAAAUUGUAAUAAUGAAUCCGCAUUGAAGCCGCGGGCCUGUAAAGCAUCGCGCGCGUGUAAAUAAUCGUAAUUCUACGUAAUCGUUCGAUGUCUUGGUACAAGACGCAGGUACAAGAUUAAUGCAAUUUGACAAGAUGCGAUAACGAGUCGUGUAGAUAAAAGUGAAGCCGAUGUUCUUGCACAGACUCCCCUUGUGAGUAA